CGUCAAAAAUGUUUGGGUUUUGCUCUGCUCGUCAAAUCGGACAGUCAGAUUCUAUUUUGCGAUCUAUUUUUUUGUAUUAUAAACCUUAUUUUUAACUUAAAUAUUAUAUUCUGUGUAGUUUAAUCGAUACCCAACAAAGUUUAUUAUCCGUAACGUUAAGUACACUCAGUGAACGUAGCAUUAAUGCUAAAUAAUGUGAUUAUUAUUUAUGUUUGUGUAUAAUUAAAAGAAUUAUCUGAUUUAAAUAUAACGAAUAACAUAUUUAACUAUGGGUGCCGAAAAUAAUAUAAUAAGUCUCACAUUUGUAUACCUGCUUGCUCAAAAUUUCAGAAGAUCUAAACAGUAACUACAAAAUUUAAAUUAUAGUAAUUUUUCAAUAAUUUUUCGUUAAAAUGGAUAUUUCAAGUGUAUGUAGAAUAUGUUUGGUAAAUAAUGUACGAAUGCACGCGGUAGACAAUGAGCAACUACAGGAAACAUAUGAAAGACUUACCAAUAUACCGUUUGACACGAAAGGACGAUCACGACUCGCCUGUUGCUUCUGCUUUGCACAUCUGAAGAAAUGCUAUCAGUUUAAACUAAAAUGUCUGCGUUCUGAGGAGACACUUUUGAACUCUAUUAAUAUAGACUUUGAGAUUAAUACAAGCAAUGACAAACAAACAUUCAGCCUAACACCAAUACAACAUAUAGAUAUUACAGAUUCAAGCAAAGAGGAUUCAUUAAAAGAUUAUUCUGAAUUAAAGAGUGAAAAACAUGAUUUAAUUUAUACAAAUGGUGUUACAUUAAAAGAAGAAUGUGAUGAUGAAAUCACCAUAGAAGAUCCCAUUAUAUCAGACACAGAAAAUGUCAAACAGAGUGAUUCAGAAGAUGAUAUACCUCUCACGAAAUUCAAGAGUGAGGCAGAACAGACUAAGAAGAAGAGAGUUAGAGGCAGAAAAGAGAAGAAGAAUAAAGAAGACAACGAGACAACAACACCAGUUAUUCUACUUACCAAGGACCAACAGCGGGCCAACCUCCUCGCUAAGGCCAAAUCUGUGAACUAUACAUUGUCUCCGUACAAAUGCGAGCAGUGUUAUAAAGGCUUCGUCGAUGUAAGGGCGUAUGACAAUCAUAAGAUGAAGCAUGAUGUGCGCAGCGGCCCCUAUGCAUGCGACAUAUGCGGGCUGCGCUACGCACGCCGCGCCAUCUGCGCACGCAUACCAUCAACGCGCACGCACGCAUGUACAAGUGCGACAAGUGCGGGCAUGUCGCUCAUACUGC